GUUUUGACCUCGUCUAGCUCCUCAACAACUGAAAUAUCUCAACAAACCUUCCCAACCAAAAACCCUACCAAUCUCCUUUUCUUAACACCUCAAUUCAAAACCCCCCUAAAUUUCUCAUUACACCUCCCCAAUUCCCAAUUUCCUGCAAUUACCAAAAUUUCAUCCAAUUCUCUAGUCUCCUCUGACCCUAAAAGAAUAAAAACGUUUUAUCUCCUCCUCGUCUUCAUUGAUUCCGGAAUUGGUUCACCUAAUUGGAAAUUCUAAUGGAUCACCAAGAACCUGAUCCAUCUCCCAGACCUAUCUCUGUAAAGACCGCCAAUUCUUACCAUUUGAUGGAGUGUCCGACCAUGUCCUUGUCCCAAUCGGCGUGGCUCGAAAUUCGCCUCUUUUACGUUCGCAUCUCCCCCUGCGUGGUCGAGAGCGUGUCGGAUCACCUCACUCUCUGCUACCCGCGCCGCGAGAUCGGCGUGUCGCUCGAGAUCAACGGCUCCCGCGUGCCUGCAUCCGAAGCCGCUCGCGUCGCCCUCCGUCGCGACCGCCUCGACCGGGAGUCUUCUGAGGUAACUUACGUAAGUACCGAUGCUGUGCGCGUCACUGGAGGGUUCGACUUCGAGGUCUAUGAGAACGAUGAUAUGCUUCUCUGCGGUAGCUUGGAGAGGAUGGAGGGCGCGUGGAGCAACGGGAGCGUGAGCGAUGCGAAAACCGGAUGGGAUAUGGAUUGUUAUAUGGCUAUGGGGAACGGUUCGGGCUCAGGUUCUGGGUCGGCGUUUUUUCAGCCGAAGCUCGGUGUUUCGUCGCCUUCUGUCGAAGUUUAUAUCGCUGGAUGUUGUGGGGGUGUGCCGGUGAUUCUGACUAAGACAAUUCAGGUGAGCCCCAGGAAGAAGAGCUCGAGGCUUGUGACGUUGGAUGCCAUU